AUGAGCGGCGGGGGCGAGGUCGUGCCGAGGCUCAGCUUCGAGGAAAUGCGGAGCGAGAUGAGCAAGUACGGCGUGGACAUAACGCAGGGGACACUGAAGAAUCCCACGACAGAGGAUAUGCAGGGAGUCUACAGCAUGUGUAUAAAGCACAUCCUCAACAAAGACAUAAAUAACAUACGGAUCGAAGAAUUUACGGGGGAUUUAAAAAGCUCCAUGCCUUCAAUUGACGGUAUUCAAAUUUUGCCGAACGAGGGGAAGAAUCAUUUGCAGGCGAUUGGAAAUUUACGCUUCAUUCGACACUGCGAACAAAUCAAUAGAAUACUCUGCGUGGAGAACACACUGAGCUAUCUGUUCAAACCAGUGAGCAGUCACAUCACCAGACUUAUAAAUGCAUUCAUCCACUUCACCAAGUAUAAGGAGCAAAUAUAUUUGGACAAUGACUUCAAAAUAAGGAAGAUCGAAGAGGGGAAGAGUGAAGACUUAGCAUUGGAUACUGAACUUAAAGCAGUGAGAAAUGAAUUACAGUCCCUCCUAGACAACUACGAACAAAUAAAAAACAGUGUCCUCACGGAGAAAAACAAAAAAAGGGAUUACGAGGAAGAAAUCAUCGAGAAUCAAAAUUUACUGAAUGCACAACAGAGUACUAUCAUUUCGUUAAGGAGUACUAAGGAUAAAAUUGUGAAUGAAACGAAUGAACUGAUAUUCCAGUUUUCUCGUUUUAGACAGAAGAAAGAAGAUUUGGAAGAUCAAAUUGUACCUUCUCCCGAGAAGCUACAGGAAUAUAAUCACGAGUUAAAGAAUCUUCUACUGGAACAUGUGUCUUACUACGAAUCCGAUAAAAAGAAAAAUGAAGAAAUUAAGAAUAAAAUAAAUGUUGCGGAUUUAUGUUUGAAGAAGCUUGUUGAGCUGUUAACCUGCUUGACUGGCCACUUGAACGAUACCAUCAAACAUCACAUAGAAAAGAAGGACCAAUUGAAGGAUCUGGAGAAAGACCUGAAAACAUUAAAAACUGAUAAGGAUAAUUUAACUCUGAAGAAGAAAGAUCAGGAGAAAAUAUUGCGCGACACGGAACAGUACUAUGCUGAACAGAAAGAUAAAUGGAAUGCCAAAGUGGAGGGGGAAGAGAAAAACGUCGUCGUUGUGGAGAAAAAGGUCAAUCAAAUGUAUGAAAAAAUCGAUGAACUAAACAGAGAGGCUGAUAGGGAAGCCCAAGAAAUUGACUCCAUCGUGAAGCUCAUUCAGGAUACCCUCGACAACUACAGUCGGAACUUCGCCGCCAUCGACGACUUGACCGAGCGCACGCGAAACUCCCACGCUCUCCUCGCUGGCAAAGUUCGGACUCUCGUGCUCCCGUGCGCGGGGAAACCUUAA